GAAACGCAAAACAGAAGUAAACAAAACUUUGUGUGGAAAAUUUUCAUCAGUCAACAUUUUAAGCAUUUUAAUUGAUAUUUAAAGGAAAUUUUACAAAAUGAACCGUCUAUUCGGCAAAUCCAAACCCAAAGAGCCCGGCCCAAGCAUCAACGACUGUAUUCAGGGGGUCGAUGCGCGCGCCGAUACGAUCGACGGCAAGGUCAAAACGCUCGAUGCCGAGCUGCGGAAGUACAAGGACCAGAUGGCCAAGAUGCGCGAGGGUCCGGCCAAGAACGCCGUCAAGGCCAAGGCGCUGCGGGUACUGAAGCAGCGAAAGCAGUACGAGAGCCAGGUGGAGAACCUGCGCAACCAGUCGUACAACAUGGAGCAGGCCAAUUUUGCGGCGCAGACCCUAAAGGACACCCACGCGACGGUCGCGGCCAUGAAGGACGGCAUGAAGUCGAUGAAGAAAGAGUUCAAAAAGAUCAACAUCGAAGAGAUCGAGGACAUCCAGGACGACAUGGCCGAUAUGCUGGAGCAGGCCGAAGAGGUGCAGGACGCGAUGGGCCGCGCCUACGGCAUGCCGGAAAUUGACGACGACGAGCUGCAGGCGGAGCUGGACGCGCUCGGCGAUGAGAUCGCGCUGGACGACGACACCAGCUAUCUGGACGACGUGGUGAAGGCUCCGGCUGCCCCGGAUAAGGAACCGGGCGCGGACAGCGUCACCAACAAGGACGGAAUUUUGGUGGACGAGUUCGGUUUGCCCCAGAUUCCGGCCCAAGUCAAGUCUACCUAAUCGUUCGUUUUACCGCUUUUGAGUUUUCUGUUUCGUUCUAAAUUAAGGCUUGCGAUAUGUGAAGAAAUAACUCUGCACGCUUGAUUUUUGUUUAAGUUACUCCUAACAUGUACUCGUGUAUUUGCGAUCACCUUAAAGUGAGAAA